GAUCUACUCAGGGUUUUUAUAAAGCUGACCAGCUUCAGUUUGCUUCACAUUCCAGCUCAGUCUUCAUCCGUACUACGACAGUGGAUAUUGCUUGUCCGUCUGACGCGAACUCUAGCAGGCUUUUAACUGUGUGUGCAUGUCGCACAUGGCUACAAACUUUUCAUUGAGACGAUGCUGAAGCAUCAAUCCAUGGGUGAGUCAGUGCCACAUUUUCAUUUGUGCCGAACUCAAAAUGAAAAAAGUUAUCUUGCAAAUUCAGCAGGCUAUGGUGUGAAAUAUACUUUUAGAAGUGCCAUCUUUAUUUUAUUACUUAUCAUUAAUGCUGUCUUUGGUGUGCUUAUCAAUGCACAAGCACCCUUUUUCCUCACUCAUAUCGAUAUGUUUUAUUUAUUAAGUCAUACAAAUGUUUUACAUUGCGUGAAGUUUAAAAUGCAUUCUGUCAUAAAAAAAUGUGUAAUGUGAUAUUUUAACACAAAAAAAUGUGAUUAAUAAAAUAUUGACUCCGUCGUCUUCCUAAUGAAGGGGAUGAUGAAGCAAUCUUUGCAAGAGGGAAUCUGAUUUCACUGGUCCUCAACUCUCUGCUCUGUCAUUUCAUUCAGGGUAAGUGGAGUUAGCCUGCCCCGGAGCAGGAUAGUUCUGAAGGAUUCGUUGCCAUAGUAAUUUACCUUGCUAAAAGGUGAGCCAUUUUCGUGUGACUGGUUAUCCCAAGUUGAACUCCGAGUUGACCAAAGUUACCUCGCUAACUUCUCAAAUGUGCUUCGUAGGAUACCCCUUUGGUAUAAGCAGAGGUUUCGCCUUCGUGGAGUUUUAUCACUUGCAAGAUGCUACCCGAUGGAUGGAGACCAAUCAGAAUAAGCUGAUGAUCCAGGGAAAGUGUGUGGCUAUGCACUACAGCAACCGGAGACACACAUUUGAAAACUGGCUCUGCAAUGCUUGCGGUCUGUACAAUUUCCGGAAGAGGCUGAGGUGCUUCAGAUGUGGAGCAGUCAAAGUAGAGGGGUCAGAGUCUGCUGGCCCCAGUGACCGGAACUUAGAGCCUAAGCAAGCUGGAGACUACUGUGGUGACACAAUCAUCUUGAGGAACAUCGCUCCCCUCUCCAGCGUUGAGGCCAUCAUGACGACCCUGGCUCCCUACGCCAUCCUGUCUCCGGGCAACAUCCGUCUGAUCAAGGACAAACAGACAGGACAGAACAGAGGCUUUGCCUUUGUACAGCUCUCCUCUCCACUGGAGGCUUCCCAGCUCCUGACAAUCCUCCAGGGCCUGCAGCCCCCUCUGAAGCUGGAUGGGAAGACUAUUGGGGUGGAUUAUGCGAAGAGUGCCAGGAAAGACCUGCUGAUGCCAGAUGGGAACAGAGUCAGUGCCUUCUCUGUUGCCAGCACAGCCAUUGCUGCUGCUCAGUGGUCCUCCAGCCAGCCAAAGCAGGCCCUGGGUGCUACCACAGACUAUGGUUCCCUGCAGGAGGGCUGUGCACAGCACACACAGUAUGGGCAGGAUUAUCUGUCGUGGCCUCAGCAGCCUGCUGUGUUGGAUCCUGCUCCUGGAGACGGAAUAUUAGGAGCUGCACCAGGAGUGAAGGCCCUGGUCCCUACAGCAGCAGGUGUGGUUGUUUCCCAGACCACACAGGUCUACCAACAUCACCUCCUCAGCCAGCCUACCAUACAGGCGCACCAACUAGUUGGGCAGAUUGAUGUGCCACCACAGGCUACCAGUUCCAGAGUUGCCAACUCUUCACUGAGAACAGCAGCAGCCGCUUUGGCAGCCUCCCCUGGAGCUGCCACUUUCUCUGACAGCACAUCUGUUGUUCCUGACACCUCCGCUUACCAAUAUGAUGAGUCAUCUGGGUACUACUACGAUCCACAGACUGGUCUGUACUACGACCCUAACAGCCAGUACUACUUCAACUCCCAGACCCAGCAAUACCUGUACUGGGACAGUGAGACACAGACCUACAUCCCCGCAGCAGCAGAAACAACAGCAGCAGCAGCAGACUCCAGCUCCGAACAGGCUUCCGCCUCCUCAGCAGCCUCGUCCAGCACAGAGUCCAAGGAGAAGAAGGACAAGCCCAAAAGCAAGUCUGCCCAGCAGAUAGCCAAAGACAUGGAGCGAUGGGCCAAGAGCCUAAACAAGCAGAAGGAGAGCAUCAAGAGCAGCUUGCAGGGCCUGGGGCAGGGCAGGGAUGAGGACCGGAGAGAGGCUGCCGCUGCCGAUGCAGGCUUCUCUACCCUCUUUGAGAAAAAGCAUGGGGCAGGGUUUGAGACCCAGCCGGUGGUGAUGAAUGAGCUGCUGAAGAGUGGAGAACCGGAAACCCCAGUAGCCAAGAGUGGCCUGGUGGCAGCCUACAUUGGUGGGGACAGUGACUCAGAGGAGGCAGCCAACCCAGAGAGUGGAGGUGUGGGUGAUGAGGGGUCAGACAAGCUGACAGACUGGAAGAAGAUGGCCUGCUUGCUCUGUCUCAGGCAGUUCCCCGGCAAAGACGCCCUGCUGCGUCACCAGCAGCUCUCAGACCUGCACAAGCAAAACUUGGAAAUUCACAGAAGAUCCAAACUAUCUGAGGCCCAGCUGGAAGAGUUGGAGAGAAAAGAGAUGGAGCUGAAGUACAGAGACAGAGCUGCUGAGAGAAGGGAUAAGUAUGGUGUUCCCGAACCACCAGCACCCAAGAAGAAGAAAUUCUAUCAGCCUCCUGCCCCCACAGUGAACUACGAGCAGCCCACCAAAGACGGUCUGACCAGUGACAACAUUGGGAACAAGAUGCUGCAGGCCAUGGGCUGGCAGGAGGGCAAGGGCCUGGGCCGCAACCAGCAGGGCAUCACUGCACCUAUCUCUGCCUCAUUACGAACCAAGGGCACAGGCCUGGGCAUCAAGGGAAGCAACUACGAACUCUCCGCAUCAGACACCUACAAGGACGCCGUGCGCAAAGCCAUGUUUGCACGCUUCACUGAGAUUGAGUGAACAAAUAUUACAGCCAUCCACUCCAUCCUCAAUCCCUGUUACCUGCCUAUUAUCCUCACCACUGUGAAAAUGACAAGAACAAGAGGAACAAUGUGUUAUUUAUGACCUCUGUGGCCUUGUACAACAGCUAUAAAUAAUGAAGAUAUUGGGCAUUUCACAGGCCAAGCUAGUUCUUCUAUUUAAUGUAUUUUUUUAUUUCGUAAAAAAAGCUUUCUUUUGACUUUUUCUUCCAUAUAAAAUGCUGUCAAUAGCAUUCUGUACAGUUUGUAAUUUUGUAUGGAAUACAAAUGUGUCUGUGCUAAGCUCCUCUGUGGUUGUUUGUCUGAGAGAGAGAUCAGAAUUAAACUUGACUUUUGUGUUUA